AACACCUGUCGCUCUCCUCGGGGACGUGCCCCGAUGCUUUUAUUCGGUUCAGUCUGUUGGGGGAACUGCAGCUGCCAACUGUCAUCAGCAUCAAGUUACCGCACAAAGCCGGGGCCUUGGCCGGCGCUGGGGAGCGGCGGGGGCACGACACGUUCCGGGCGCGGCUCCUCCGGCACCGCCGCCGCGGGCUGCGGCCGCCACCCCAGCAAGCACAGCCCACGGGCGGCCCGCGGGGCACAGCGGGGCUGCAGCAGCGCCCACGGACGGCGGGGCAGCGGCUGGGCCGCGGGCGGCUCCGGUCGAGCGAAGACAAAGGGCUCGGAGCGCCGAGCGGCCGGCAGCCUCCAUCCGCCCAGAGGGAACCGCCGCCCGCACCGGGCCUUCCCCUCCUGCACGGGCAGAGCCGAGGCCGGCGGCACCCAGCGCGGGGCGCAGCCGCAGCGCACAGGCGGCGGCCGAGGGGCUCCCGAACGAGUGUCCGAGCGCCCCGAGGCCGCCGCGCGGAAGCCGCUGGUGGAGAAGAAGCGGAGGGCGCGGAUCAACGAGAGCCUGCAGGAGCUGCGGCAGCUGCUGGCCGGCAGCAAGUUCCAGGCGAAGCUGGAGAACGCGGAGGUGCUGGAGCUGACGGUGCGGCGGGUGCAGGCCGUGCUGGAGCGCCGCGCGCUCGAGGGCGGGCGGCUGCACCGCGAAGCCAGCGAGCGCUUCGCCGCCGGCUACAUCCAGUGCAUGCACGAGGUGCACACCUUCGUCUCCAGCUGCCCCGGCAUCGACGCCACCACGGCGGCCGAGCUGCUCAACCACCUGCUGGAGUCCAUGCCGCUCAGCGAGGGCGGCCUGCAGGACUUGAUGGCGGACGUUCUGGCCGAGCCCUGGCUGGGCGGCGAGGCCGCGCUCCCGCUGGCUGAAGCGGCCCUGGGCCUGGUGCUGCCCACGCCGUCACCCGGCGAGGAGACGUGCUCCGACUCGGACGAGGCGGAGACCGAGCCGGGACAGACCCCCGCCCGUGGACUGGAGGCAUCACAGACGCGCAGCGUGCCCUCGCCCAAGUCCAUGUGGAGGCCGUGGUAAUGCUGCGAGUGGCGGGGCAGUGCCUCGGGAUUGGAACAUGGCACUCCUGUCACCCCCGACAGGCUAAUGGCUGAGCGAGUUAACGUCUCAGCGCGUGGACAGUGCGCGUGUGGCAUUUUGUAACUGGGGGUGUUUGUACGAGAGUGGGGGGAACGGGCUGGGGAGGAGGGAGGUUUUCAGUAGCAAAGCUCAUUGGUGGAUGCACAGCCGUGAUCUCUUAACCCUGCCUCAUCCUCUUGGCCCUUGUAAGUGGCCCAGAUAACACUCACUACCUUUUUCUCUGAAGAAAAAGCCCUUGUGCAUUUUAGAUCCUGAUGGGCAACUCUAGGAGAAGCUCAGUCUGCACACAGUGUUUCUAUGCUCUGAUGACAGCACAGACCCCUGAAAGGGGUUCCCGGGAGCAGCUGUGCGUGGCAGCAGCCCAGCUCUUGCCUUCAGGGAAGGAAGAGCACCAGGACCUGCUGGAGUUCUGCAGACACAUAUAGUACUGGGGGCAGGGUGCCUUUAGAAAUGAGCAUCUUGAUUCACAUUUUGCUUUUAGCACAUUUGAGUUCAUUGUAACUUUAUGUAUAUUAGAGUGUCAAAUGUUUUUUUUUAUUUUUAAUCUUUAAUAAAAAAAUACUGAAUUCAGUGAUUUCAUGGAUUUUGCGUUGUGCUACAUUUUAACCAGGAAUGAAAGUUAUUUCUGUGCGUGGGGAACAAUGCUGGUAAUUAAGCACUUUGUUUGUGUACUAAACAUUAAUUCCAAUAUUUGAGCUAACAAAGUGUCUCUCUUGUUUAAUGCUAGAAGACACUUAUGUUACUGCAUUGAGUAGCAUAGAGUGAUCUGUACCACACCUUCCCAGCUCCGCUGUCAGGCUCCUGUUUUUCUGCUGCCUUCUCAAAGUGAAGAAGCACUGGACACAUCCUUUCCUGGGGCAGCACAGCACCACUGUUCGGUUUUGCUUUCAAAUGCAAAGUUGGGUGGAGCAUGCAAAGGACUGGGAAAGUAUUUCUGAAGAGAGAAAAGAUAGUUUUAAGGGAGUUGAGCUUCAUCAGUGCUGUACGUGGGGUCUCACUCCUCUCACGUACUGCAAUACCACCUUGCAGAGAGCUGGCACUCUAAGGGGAGAAACAAAACCAAUUGUUAAGUUUCUUAAUACAUGGAAGUUCCCAAACAUAGAACAAGCAAGAAAGGAAGCAACCUACCCACCAGGGGAUGAGACCUGUAACUUUCCUUUGUUAACAACCCUAUGGAACAAUAAAAAUGGAAACUAAGUACCAGUA